UCAGUUAGGUUAAUGUUAAGGUGACUAGGAUUCCAAAUCAUCGCACACGUCAGCGACAACUUUACCACAUUUGCCACGUAGAUGCCACAUCAUAUUUUAUUUUAAAAAAUACAAUUUUGAAGCACCCUCCUCUUUUUCAUUACCACCCCACCGCCCAUCUUCCUUCUAAUUUUCCACUUCCCCCAAAUCAAACCCCGUAGAGCGGAAAUCUUCCAGUUCUUGAUCGAUUUUUGUCAAUUUUUCUUCGAAUCUCUUCUAUUUUCGAGUUUCCAGGAAGCGCCAAUCGUCUUGAGUCUCUUUCAUUCCUGCCUUGGUCUCAAUUUUUCUUAUUUCUGCAUCAUUUGAUCUUCGCCAAACGCUUCUUGCUCCGGGAGUUCAAUUGUCGGACGCGUCUUCUUCUCCGAUCGAUUUCAACGAUGGAGAACUGCUUCGAUCCACUUCAGAUCAAUCCGCUGCAUGUCUUCUGCGUUCAUCUUUCUUCUCAGUUUGUGACUAUCAAAUCGACGAAGAUACCCUAGCUUUCAGCGAUGGUGAAUUCUGCUAAAUCAGGGAAUCAAUGAUGAUGACGGAGGCGUAUUAGAGUCCGAGUACGCACGGAUUCGUAUAAGAGGAAGAGCAUCCAACGAGAUUUGGUAUGGAUUUAUAUUCUACUCACAAAAACCCACUGGUAGAAUAAUAUUGUUCUUGUCGAAGGAAACCACUGGUUGCCGACAAUGGAUCUUGAUCUGUUCUUCAGAAAGUAUCGAUCUGCGAAAGGAUUCAGUUUCCUUCGGUGGCGUGUGUGGAAUUGCAGCCAGGAGGGAGCCCUGGUGGCGUCAAUUGUGGGAGGGAAUCUGGCCGGGCUUGGGAAGGAUCUUUCGUCGGACAAGAUCGUGGAGCCGAAGAGGGCUCCGGUGAUUCCGGGGAUGGAGGCUGUCAAGAAGGCUAGGAGUGGAAAUCGGUACGGUAUCGGUAUCCCAAUACCAAAUACCGAAAUCCCGAAUACCGAAUUACACCCUAAAAUCAAUCCCAAUCCCAAUCCCUAAAUAAUUUUGAUAUCCCAGUCGGUAUUAUCGAAUACAUAAUUAAUUACCUUUGCAAUUUAUAAUUAAAUAUAUAAAUUAGAUUUUAUUGUUUAAUUUAGGGCAAAGGGACUAAGCAAAUAGUCUUGAGUUGCCUAGAGCUAACAUCUCAAGUUCUUGUAAUUGGUAAUCUUUAAUUUGACGAAUUUGAGGUUGAGAGACGACUAAUACUAGUGUGAAAUAGUGAUGUAAUGAUCUAUGCAUAAUUAAAUGAAACUUUUGGUGGUUGAUGGUCGCGUAGCAGUGAAUGAGCGAGUCUAGUUGAGAGGAUAAAAUAUACACUAGCUUAUAUUUCGGUAUUGAUCGGUAUUUUGGUAUAUACCGAUCCCAAUCCCGUAAUCCCUAAUACCGAAUAACAAUUGAAAUUUCAUCUCAAUCUCAAUCCCACAAAAUAAUGCGUGUAUUCGGUAAUAAAAAAAAAUAGACAAAUUCGGUAAGGUAUUCGGUAUAUCCCAAAUACCGAUAUCAAACUUCCAUCCUAAAGAAGGCGACGUUGGAGGCUGGGGCGUUCACGUGGACGAUCAGCGGGGCGGGGCCGACGACGGUGGUAGUGGUGGGAGAUGAGGAAAUAGGGGAAGUGGUCGGGAGGAGGAUGUUGGAGGAGAGCGGUGGUGGUGGGGAAGUACUGAAUCUAUAAUUUUUUUUUAUUUUGCUAAUCCACGUCUGUUGGUGGGUAAAUCAAUCGCCAACUCAGCAUCUUUCGUUGUCCAUUCAUACCAUCAACUGACAUCGUUAACAAAAUCGACGAAAUUGGCUAUUUUGUGUUUUCAGAUAGUUAUGGACAAAUGUGAAAGUUAUGGUUAUAUAAGUGUAUUUUAACUAUGUUAUUUUAUUAGCUAUGUAAUUGUAAAUCAUUUAAUUAUUUGUUGACAUUAUUUUCAUUAAGAAUAGUGGAUUAAAUUUAUUCUUUAUUACUAAUUUGGUUCAACUAUUAAAAAAAUUGCUCAAAUUAAAACAUCGGUUUGGUCCGAUGAGGUAUGGAAAAACAUCGAGCUCGGUCAUCUGGGGUUACGGGCAGAUUGGAUGCCUUGGAAAAUGAUUGUACCCAUUUUAUGUUUGUGGGUUGUUUAUUGUUGUUAUAGUAAACGUUGAGUCCUUUUGGUGGAUGGAUUAAAGGGAGAGGAAGGUAAAAGAGAGGACGGGGAAACAGGGGAAUGUUGUUUGUGUGUUUUUUGCAUGGUACAUGAAAUUGUACCGGAGACCGUACCGGGAAAGUCAGCGGUAGGGUAUUUCAUGGUAAAACCGUGGUUUAAUUGUAGUUCAACCGCUAUACCGGUAAAUACCGUCUAUUGAUUAGCCUCCAAUAUUGGUAUUUUCGUGGUUUAACCGCCGAUACGGUACGGUUUCAUGGACACUGGUUUUUUGGAGAGAGAGAGAGAGGGGGAAGUUGUGAAUAGAGAAUAAAGAAGAAAUUAUGUUUUUUUCUUUAUUUUAAAUAAAAGUGAUAAUGAGGUGGAAAUAAGAUGACAAUUUGAAAAAAAAAAUUAUUAUUUUUAAAUUGUGACGUUGCACCUUUAACCGUCAACUUUUAGAGCUAAACGCCACUUAAUAAAAGAUUAAGGAGUGAGCGACGACAUUUGGACUGCGUGAAGAAGGAAGAGUCGUCGUUUGGAGAAGAACCAGUCGCGGCUUGCUGGCAGCGGCGACAUCUUCCUGUAAGACGAAGGCAACUGGAGAAACAGUGAGGUGGCUGGAGAAGAUGGCUAAAAUAGUCCAAUAUUCUACGAAGUUCGGCUAUUUUAUGACAUAUUUGAUAGUUUUGACUAUUUCUGUCUUCGUUUGGAUAUAUUUAGACAUUUACCCAACAAUUUUUUAAUACAUAUUAGCCUCAAUG